AUGGACUUUCGUGGCAAUGACUUCAAAGCUUUAAUAUACGAGUUCAUGGCUAAUGAAAGCUUGGAAGAGUGGCUGCACCCUCGGACUAAAGGACGAGAUGAUGAACGUGGUGAAUCUAAAAAUCUAAGACUAGUGCAGAGGUUAAACAUCGCCGGCGACAUAGCUACUGCUAUCGAAUAUCUCCAUAAGGGUUGUUCUCUACCAAUCAUCCAUGGUGAUCUGAAGCCAAGUAAUGUGCUCCUAGACAAUGAUAUGGUGGCUCGAGUUGGAGACUUUGGGCUUGCAAAGAUCAUUUCAACAAUGUCUUACGAAGCCAUAGGAGUUCAAGACCAGGGCAGUUCAACUUCAACCGCUGUCAGAAGAUCCAUUGGCUAUGUGCCUCCAGAUUUUGUGAAGAUGACUGUGAACGACUUAUCUUGA